AUGGCCAAUAAAAAAAAUGGAGCAGUUGAUCCAGCUAUUGAACAACCAUUAGCAAAUGUUUUAUGGGCUGCACCAUUUCUUGCACAAGAUAUUCCUGAACUUGGUCAAGUAACAACAAUGUUUAAAAAACAUUUUGGACCAGAAUAUGUAACAAUGUGUGAACAAAAUAAAAUUGGAAUGGUUGAUGUUGAUCUUUUACGUUGUUUAAGUUGUGAUCUUAUUCCAAAAUUACUUAUUGAAAAAUAUUUAGUUGAAAUAUGUCGAAGUCAAAAUGUUCCAUUUGAACCCGAUCAAACUAUAAUGGCACAAGAUGAAUUUUGGACUAUUGGACAACGUUAUGUUCAACAAACUAAUGUAAAUGAUGAAAAACGGCCACUAUCAAAUAUAAAUGAUGACAAACGACCACCACCACCACCAUCAAGUGGAGGAGGUGCUUCAUCAAAUAGUGGUGCUGGAGGUGGUGGUGGUGGAGGUCAUUUAGAUUUUCCAACUGUUCCAUCAGCUCACCCAAGUGCACCAGCAUUUGAAAAACCACCUCCAGCUUAUUUAAGACCUCAACCUCAAUAUCCAAAUAUUAAUUUUGGACCAUCAAUUCCACCACCACCACCACCACCAUCAUCAAAUGCACCUCGUAUUGGUUUUAAUGCUGAUUAUAGUGCUAAAACACCAUUUAAUGAUCCGUUUCCACAAGUUCCAAAUGCAAAUGAUCAUUCAGCACCACCUGCUGUUCAUGGUGGUUCAGAUGAUCCUGGUUUUGAUGAUUUAGCUCGUCGAUUUGAAGAUUUAAAAAAUAGAAAAUAA